AUGUCAAGUGCUCAUAGAACAACAGUACGACGGGGUUCAAAUCCCAUAUCGAGACGUGCUUCAUCAUCAACCUUCAAAUUUCAGGAGUGUGAUGGCGGCGAUAAUAACAGUACUGUAGGGAACUCUGAGGCUGGUAGUAGCAGUGGAGAGGACUCUUUUUGUCAAACAGAAAUGGGAGAUACGCUUUACUUUGAGCCUAGAAAAGUUUAUAAGCGGGGGAAUAGAUCACAAGUUCGUUCCUCGCUAGUUAGGGUUUAUUCGGAGAACGAGAAGGGAAACUUUGACCAUGCAACAGGCACACGUCUUUUCGAUGAUAUGAAACAUAGACCGGUUCCUAGCUUGAGUAAAAUUGGCUCAUCAAAAAACUGCGGCACCUCGAUGAGACACCCGAGAAGGUAUUCUAUGAAUGAGAACAAGGAAGUCGCCAAGAAAAGGAGCGCUGUUGACAUGCAAGAUGAAUAUAUCCCAGAGUUUGAUUUUGCAGAUGUUGUAAAUAAAUGGCAGAUGGAGGAUGACGAAAACACUUAUGGAGAGAGGAAGAAUAGCAGAGACUAUUUACCGAGGGUUCAAACAAGAGAUACGAGUGUGUUUCCAUCAAAGUUCAUGACCGAUGUAUUACGUAACGAGGACUGGAAUGCGUUUCGCGGCAAUAAUAGUGAAAGCGCCAGUCCAAAUAGCUCGUAUAUCCUGGACUCUUCACACGCCCAAGUGGACCCUAUACCUCUACCGAACCGCCCUGGCACAAUACCGCUCACCGAUGAUAUGAAUGGAAACAUUGUGGGAUCCUUAAGCGAUGAGAAUGCAAAUACGAGUAACAAUAGUAAUAAUAAUCACAACGCUCAGUUGACAAAUCCCUUCCGCAGAUACGGAUCUUCAAAGGUGACAGUCACCGAAUCCUUCAAUUCUACGUCUUCAGGAUCGACUCAAUUUCCUGAUAAUUCUAUUUCCGUUAUCAGUGAAUUAAGCAUGUCAGCUGAGGAAGUGAACGAUUUAAUAGAGAAAUUACCUCGAGAUUUUCUAUUCAUGCCUUAUUCGUCAAGAAAAAAGUUCAUCGUUGAGGCAGUGCCUAACAAAGACUACAAGCUGAUCAUGUCUCUCAUCAAAAAGUUCUUAUUGAGAUCUUCGAAAAGUAGCUCUUCAAUUGGAAAACCUUCCACAAAUGGCCCACCUAAUGGUCCCCGAUCCAGACAUAGUUCUGUAGCCUCUCAGUAUUUGAGUUCAUUUUCACCAGCAUACGUCUCUUCUGUUGCUAGCAUGCAUAGUUUACGACCGGAUGACAAAGGUAUGGAAAUAUUAGGUCACAGACUGGGUAAAGUUAUAGGAUUCGGUGCUUGGGGUAUGAUUAGGGAAUGCUUUGACACACAGAGUGGGGCUGUCAGGGCUAUGAAAAUCGUAAGAUUCAGAAAUAACAUCAAAGUAAAAAAACUUGUUAUUAGAGAAGUAAACAUAUGGCAGGAACUGAAAAAUGAUAAUAUAUUACGAUUGCUCAAAUGGAAAAUGGAUGAAGAUUAUGCAAUGUAUUGCUUAAGUGAGAAGAUCAGUGAUGGUACUUUAUAUGAUUUGGUAAUUUCGUGGGGAGAGUACACCAACUCAAAAAUAAGUUUGAGGGAUAGAUGUAUAGCAACGAUACGGCUGUCGUUACAGGUAAUAGCAGCACUUAAGUAUAUGCAUUCCAAAUCAAUUGUUCACGGUGACGUUAAGCUGGAAAAUUGUUUGAUAGACAAAAGCUCAAACGAUAUUGCGUGGAGAGUUUUAGUUUGUGAUUUUGGCAUGGGAUGCCAUUUUGGGCAUCCUGGUUCCAAAAGUGCUGAUGAAUGGAAAUUUCUGGCGAUGCAUUCCAACGAGGACAUAAUUUCUACAAAUAGACCCGAGGGUACGGAGUUCAUUUCACACUUAGAUCGGCAAAAUACGUCUAUCAGCAAAAGGCCUUCUAUUUCAAAAUCCCAAUCGAAUCUGAAUAUUCACAAUAAUGGCUCUGUAAGCAAGCGAUCAACUGAUUCUCUGAAGAGUGCUCGGAACAGGAAAUCUCUCGCUCUGACGACAUAUGGGGUAAGCUCGGUACCGAGACAUUAUGGACCUUCGUUGACGAGCACUAGAAUUGGGAACUCUAGUACACCGUCGUUACAAGAUACGAGAAUAACAUCAUUUUCCUUUUCCAAGUUGUCGCCAACAAUGGAUAUGACAUCACCUAACAAGAAUAAAGAUAAAGAUAACAAAAAUAUAGGGCCGGAUCCUAAUUCCCAUAUUGGUUCAUUGCCAUAUGCAGCACCUGAAUUGCUAGAGCCGUCGCCGCCACCUUUGGGUCCCUCUGCAGACAUAUGGGCGCUUGGAGUCAUGCUUUUUACAAUGCUAACGGGAAAGCUACCAUUUAAGCACGAAUAUGAACCAAGAUUGAGAGCUAUGAUUGCUGCGGGGAAGUAUGAUAAAAACUUCUUGGCUGCAGUAUGUUUUGAUGCCUCAGGUAGAAAAAAGAUAAAAUUUCAACGCACAUAUGAUGCUAUUCAAGGAUGUCUCAUGGUCGAUAUGUCGAAGCGGUGGGACUUAAACACUGUACAAUUGGCCCUAGAAGAUGACCUCAUCAGAAUUUAG